AAUUGUUAUUGUUAUUGCCGGGUAAACAUGGAUGUAGUAAACUGUUUUCUUUAUUUAUUAAUCAGUACAUUAACUUUAAUUAAUAAUGCAGUAUCGCAAAGAGAGCCUCUUGUAACUGUUGCCCAGGGAUCUCUACGAGGUUUGAUCAAAAAUGACCAGGAUGGGAAUAAAUUUUACAGUUUUACGGGCAUACCCUACGCGAAACCACCAGUAGGACCAAGAAGAUUUAAGGUUAGUGAACCCCCUUCUUCUUGGGAUGGUGUCCGAAAUGCAACUGUGGAAGGCAGUGCAUGUCUUCAGUAUGAUGACACGAAGAACACUACAGUCGGUAAAGAGGACUGUUUGUACUUAAACGUAUACACAAGAGAUUUGCCCGAUAAAGGAACCAAACCAAAGCCAGUAAUGUUCUGGAUCCAUGGCGGUUCUUUCAUUUCCGGAGAUGGUGGAUCGUUCUACGGGCCAGACUUUCUUCUCACCCAAGACAUAGUUCUAGUAACAGUAAACUAUCGUUUAGGAUUUCUAGGAUAUAUCCAAGCAAAAGGCAUACCGGGUAAUUUGGGUUUCAAGGACCAAAUUGUGGCAAUGAAAUGGGUGAAAAAUAAUAUUCGGGUAUUUAAUGGAGACCCAAACCAGGUGACGAUAUUUGGUGAAAGUUCUGGUUCAGCAUCGGUUCACUAUCAUGUGUUAUCCCCAUUGACGAGGGGAUUAUUCCAAAGAGCAAUCUUGGAAAGUGGCACAGCCUUAAACCCUUGGGGCGACUACAGUUACCACGACAUAGUAAAGGUAGCAAAAACAGCUAACCCAAGUAUUACAACUGAAGAACAAGCUGCCGAGUACUUCAGAAAUCUUCCUUCUGAUGAGAUACUCAGACUUCAGAACACCAUAACUAGUUCACGAAAUGUUGGAGGACCUUAUGUCUUUGCUUUGAACAUAGAAAAGCCUUCACGUGAUGCAUUCAUUUCUAGAAACAUCAUUGAUAUACUGACGUCAGGAGAAUAUAACAAAGUGCCUUUACUUAUAGGAUUUAAUGAUAGAGAAGGUAUUCUAGACGAAGUAGUACGAGAACUGGAAAAUGAAACUGUGACAGCUAAGAAUUUUAUACCUCAUAAUAUUGAUUUUCAUGGAAAUGAAACACUGAGACAAAUUUAUAUUAAGAAAUUUAAUGAUUUUUAUCUAAGUACACCUGAUAGGGAUAGCUAUAUAAAGGCGUACUCGGACACGAUGUUUGUUGCAGGUAUAUUUGGGACAGUAAAGAAUCACAUAAAGACAUGUAAUAAGAAAGUGUUCUUAUAUAAAUUUGCAGGAGAUACAGGGCUGAAUUAUAUAAAAGUUGCAGUUAAUGUCACUGAUAUUCCAGGUGCAUCCCAUGGCGACGAGCUUGGAUAUUUAUUCAAAACUACCUCCACGCCUAACAUCCAACCUGGAAGUGUUGAAGAUAAGAGUUGGAGAAGAAUGGUGAAGUUGUGGACCAAUUUUGCCAAAUACGGCAAUCCAACGCCUAAUGCAAGUGACUUGGGAGUAGUCUGGACACCGGUCGAUCUUAGCCAGUGGAAUUUAUUGCACAUCGAAAACAGCGGACUGACAAUGAAGUCAAACACAGAAACACGGACUAUUGAAUUUUGGGCUGAUUUGUACCAUCAGAGUAGAAACACAAUAAAUUAUUUGUAAAUUUAGAAGUUUUGAUUAAUAAAUACAAACAAAAGGAAAAAUGUACAUUUGUCUGAA